AUGAAUGUUAGUCAGGGAACGCAUGAUCAUCUCUUCGAUAAGAUCAAAUUCAAACUUGAUGACGGAACCAUCGAUCCGGAAAAGAGGUCAUUCUGGGUUUUGCUAUCUUCGUUGGUGCUUUUUGUAGUAUGGAUAGUCUUCCUCACCUAUUAUUUAUCCAGAAUAGCUGGACCGGUAGUAUCAUUUAUAUUGAACAGAUAUCUUCGCUUUACAAAGACCCCGGGUCAUAUCAAACUGACAAGUUUCUCCUUAAGUUUGCUCGGUGGAAAGCUUAUGUUCAAAGAUUUUCUCUUCGCAAACGACGAUUAUUCAAUUCGAAUUAAUGAUGCUUGGAUAAUAUUUUCAUAUUGGAGAUACGUACCGGGCCGAAAGGUUUGCUUCAAAAGUAAUGCGUCUCGACUACAUCUUUCCUUAAAUGGACUACAAAUUCAUGUGUAUAACCGAGUGCAACGCUAUAAAGAGAUAGCGAAGCUAUUUCGAAUGGAGAAAAUCUUUGGAGACGACGUAGAAGUGAAGAAACAGCUCCCAAUCGACAACGCUGCUCCAUCUGCCUACUGGGACCGUAUAUGGUCACUAGUUGGAGUGAUAAAAUUGGAUAUUUGGUCUGGUCGGAUUGUGGUCGGAAAUCGAUUGUUGCCUUACAUGCUUGUCAUUUCAUUAGAAAACAUGAACAGCAAAGUUCGCCUUCGUGAAUCAGCGGCUGAUCGUGCAUUGCUCUCGGUUGAGGGUCAAGCGGAGAGCGUACGUGCUGCGUUCCUGAAGCAUCCGGACUAUGAAGGAUCUCCUUAUAAGGACCCACCUCGUACUAUGGGUGAUGGGUUCGCGAUACUCCAGAGCGCUCUUUUGCACUUCUUCUACCACCAGGAUAUACUGGGCUACGUCACCGCGGAUGAGCAGUCCUUAGCAGCCCAACGUCCAAUUUGGGAGUCUAUUUGGCGUUUUGACCAUAACACUGUGAUUUCUUAUGGGCCCUGGGCUGAACAUCAAAGAGCACUGUUGUACGGUUUCUUCUUCCCAUCUGACUAUCAGACAGUUGUCCCAGAUGAGUUACCAAAACGUGGAAAGAGAAGAAUUCACAUUAUGCAUGAUGUUAGGAUUUCAUUACUGAAAGAGACAGCAGUUGACUUGUGGUUCAUGCGAGGGGAUCAGUUGGAAAGUGUUCAUAGUCGAUGUCAACCAGGAAGCACUAUUGACAUGUCUAUCUGGUGGAUCACUAAGGAGGAUGGAUUUAGUUGGAGCAUUCAUACGUCCCUGUUACGAUUUGAAAGUACAUCAUCACUACCGUAUCGCAAACUGCUGGAGGCAGAAACGUUCACUGUCAAUGCCGAAUUUCACUACCCAAGAGUGUUUAAUGCCAAACAAACAUGGGACUUCAAGUUUCGUUUAACAAAAUGUUGCUGUUGGUUGGUGUGGGAUCAUCAGCGGUUUGUAUCUGAUCUUAUAAAUGAGUUCCUGGGCGAAAGCACCUCUGACCUCGUUACGUUUAUACCAUAUACUGUCGCGAUUGACUUUGAUGUAACUGAUAGUUUUGAGGGCAUUAUUCUUUUGAACGAGUCAAAUUGGGUGGAUCCUUCGGAGAAAAAUCCUGAGAACGUAGAGGCAGCAGUUGUUGGAAGUCACUUCAAUAUAUCUUUUACGCUACCUUUCGAAGAUUUUCUGCCUGAACUAGUUUCAACCACAUAUUCAAUUCGAAUGGAGAAUGGUCUAGCACUCCGAAUGCGGUAUCCACCAGGUAGUGCAACAGCAUCUGUGGUAGCAGCACUUUCACGUGGAGCCCAUACACAGAUGUACAGUACACCAUCACCGUACGGCAGACAUUCAAUGAACAAUGAUGAAUGGCAUGAGGUUUGGCGCACCGAAAGUGUUGUUAGCACCAUUGAAUUCACAUAUCAUCCGCUUGUUCCCAACAUUGCUUCCGAUUUACCUCUGCAUGUGUUGCAAGAAUUUCUUCCUAAACCUGUUGAACAUCCGAAGGAUCUACCACCUGACAAGAUGAACGUGACACUAGAAAUAGGCGGGUCUGAAGUACAGUUCACUGGAUCCUUGAUCAAAUUUGUCAUCGAACUGAAGAACAACUAUUUUGGGUUGUAUGACUCGAUGACUGACGUUACUCAACCAGAGGACCCACUAAUGAAACGAUCCAUAUACGGUCGUGUUCCGCGGAACGCUUCGGUUGAAUCCUACAGACCAAUGGAAGUGACUUUCGAUAUGAGGGUUUUCAACAUCAGAGCACACUGUCUCACAUUUGCGCCUUGCUCGGAAGAGAGAGAGUUGUGUCCUGUGCUGUACACAGAAGAAAUAGCUGUUCUCAUCAAGAAAGGAUAUAGCGAAACGUUGAUUCAGGUAGGUGUGGGAGCAUGUGUUGCAUACUUUGAAAGAGCGUCGGCAACACGCAGUGAUGGGUACCUGACCUUGUCUGGAUUACAAUUUAGAGGACAUGCAAUGUUUUCACCGGAAGACUGUCCGUGGGACAUGGCCGUCGUGGAAUAUGGAUGGCUUAUGGAGAUUCUCAUAGGAGAAGUUGGUGGUUGCUUGGGUAGCCCUUCACAGAUAAUCUCGCUUGCAAAUUUCCUCGAUACAUUGUUGCUGUUAGUGAUUGCAAAAGAUGAGGAGAAAAUUGUCCCUGAAAGGUUCAAGUUUUGUCAACAUGGACAGACGGCUGAAAUAUGCUCUGUAGGAUCGCAACCAGGUCGUCCUUGCGAGUCAGAAGAACGAUUGAAAUAUCGACAAAUGAGACUUUCUGUGGACGGUGUACGUUUAGCGUUGGCCGAAGAGAGCUCGGCUUUAACUCUUGUUCUUGAUCCGCUACGAUUCACUCUUUGCAACGCUCAUGAAAAGAGAUUUACGGAGCAUAUAUGUCUUCGGAUACCAAACAUAAAAUUGAGACAACUAUUUCACCCACCUGAGAAACCUACAUGGAUUGAAUGUGGUCGAGCAAGCAUUGCUGGGAUAUCAUUAGAUGUUGAGCUUCCGUUCCCAGCAGAAUCCAGCCAUCUAGAAGUUCUACGCCAAUCAUUCCUUUUUAAGCAUGACAGAGUUACGAAGCGUUUGCAGUUUCUCUGGGAUAGAACUACCGUCUGGGGUUGUGCGUGUUACGGAGGAACAGCAUUCAUGGCAAAGGAGGAUAAACUUGGACAAUUCUUUUUGACUCAUCUUGGUCGGCAGUUGUGUGUGCACUCUAUGAAUCUGGAUAAGAAAGGCCAGCCUGGCGUAUUUCAGAAUAUUUUAAAUCCGGAAAAGAAAUUGUUCCGUGAAGAAUUUCGUCAAUAUUUCACUGUUUCGCGUAAAUCAAGUAUUGAGUCCAGAACAACAGCAGCAACAAGUGAAGCACCUUCGGCAGAAACUGCUUCAUUCCAUUCUGCGAUGUCCAAGACCAUUCCAAUGGAGAAAUCUUUGCUGUCCGCUCGACCACUUGUAGAGGCUUACGCUAGCUACCUCGAUCAAUUUGAAGUGUCAAGAACAAAGUUAGAAGCUCCACAGUUUGGUACGCCUGGAGAUAUUGCCAAUUGGAUAACAUCGCGAUCUUUCAAGUUCUUUGAGGCUGAGAAAGGAUUAUCCGAACUUCAUCUGAAGGUAGAACAAGCUGAUAAAGGAACAUCGAAAGUUCCGCCAAUGUCAGCAGAAUUAUCAUGUGAAGUACUCGACGAACAGCAAAUCGCAGAAUUGCCGAAAAAGUCGCUUGAUCGGAGCUUAGCCAUAAACGGAUGCAUGGCCACCACAAUGGAGAUCUUCUUCACGCCGCUUGCAAUCGAAUUACUGGAUCGUUUUAUAUCGGAUUUUUCCCAAUGUGCUUCGUUAAUACAUCCUUCGAUGCUUGUGCAGAUGUGUUACAGAGAAUGUGUGGGAAGACAACAUCGCCAGCCACUUACAGAAUCACUGUUCGCGACGACAGAAUCAGAACCUAUCCUCAGUGUCUCAGUUGAUCUACCACGUAUACAUAUUUCAAUGUUCGAAUGUAGUCUUACUGGUCGUGCAUUUGGUGAAGUGAAAAGCGCAGCCAAUAUGGCAGUCGUGCUCUUACAAAAAGCCUCAGUUACCUCUGGAACCAUUAAGGAUUUUACUGAAAAGGGAACAUCGUUUUCUGCACAUUCCUCAGUUCUCUCUGCUCAGUUGCUACAUUUCACACCAAGAUUAGUAACGGAUUUUGCUGGCAAUAGAGUUUCCUUCAAUGCAUCUGUGAAUUGGGAGAAAUCAUCAUUAGCAUCCCGCUUACUUGAGAUCGAACCAAGGGUUGUCGUUGAUUUUCAGAUACCGGAUCUUGAAGUAAAGAUUGAGCGACGUGAAUCACGCAAGAAAAUUGAAGCGAAGGAAAAAUCGGCAUCGGCGUCUCUUCCACCGGUGAAAACUCUACAUGUAAACAAAGCAAAGGUGGAGAUUGGUGCAGUGAAUACGUUAGUUGUAAUGCCGCGCCCGUUAGAGAUGACAGGAAAGAACGAAUUCCCACUCUACGAUGUUCUGUCACCGUGUCUAACUACAUGGUUACAUGUAUCAGAGAAGCUUGUAAAUAGUGUCAAUGAGUUUUCUGAUAGUUGGAGUGCUAUGGUGGACAUGACAUUUGCUCAAGUGCUGAAGAUGGCUUUAGAUUGUACUGAUGAUCGUAUUUUCAAUACUGGUAUUAGUAAAAGUGUGAUGCUGAAAGUGAAGCAGCUAGGGCCACAUCAAGCUGGCUGCCCUUCGUGCUUACUCUUACAUACAGUACUAAGAUGGUGUGCCCUACCUUCAUCAGCAGAGAAAAUUUCGACUACUCCAGUAUCGUUAGGCAUUAACCCACAGUUUUCGGAUAAAUCGAACAGGAAGACGGCUUUGAUGGCGUUAUUGAGUCACUGGCACACGGAUAUUUGUCAGCAGGUUAAGCUUGCCUCGAAUGUCGAAGCCCGCAAAUAUCGUGCUGAUCCAGGCAGCCUCGCUCGUGAAGUUCGUAUACCUUUAGAAGAUUUGGAGAAAAAUCCAGAGAUCAAACACCGCAGAAAUGCAAGCACAGCGAGUAGGAAUCUUGCAACUAAUGGAGCUCUGACCGGUCAGCAAAGACAGGAUCAGAAAGUUGAUCUUUACCAUUGGCUUCUUUCCGUUCAUCGUGAAAGAAAGGAUCGAAAACCAGCAGAUCUGGCUGGCAAGGACUACAUCAAUCCUAUGGAAAUCAUGCCACAAGCAUUUUUCUACAGCUUUUACCAUAGUCGACGAUUGGAUUGGACCCAACUCGAUGAUUUGCCACUUGAUCAGUUAUCGCUUACCUACAACGUUAUAAUCAAUAAUGUUGUUAUGGCAAUGGUUGAACAGCGUGUUGUCGCAUCGGCUGCUGAUACAUCGCGAAAGUUCAUUACACCACAUCUACAUCAACUUAUGCAUAUAAAAAAAGUAGCAGUUGAUGGAAAACUAUCCUGGCGUAUCGAAAUGGAUGAGAAAGGAUUGUUACCUGUGAGAGGAUGGUGCGACCUCACCUAUAGUGGCAACAUCGAGAACGUGCGUUUCGUUGUUGCGCUCUGUUCCGUUUGUCUAAUUAAGGAGAUUAUGCUGGUGAUAAAAACAUGCGUUGAUUCGCCAAACGAGCUAAAAAAGCGUCCAAGUGCUCCACCGUCACUUGUAAGCCGUUCACCAACUUCUCAUCAGUCUAAUCCAACAGGUAAAUCACGCUCAUCACAGUCAUGGGACGAACGAGUUUUGGAUAUGAUGCGUGAUUUUGAAAAGAAUCGUAAUCGUAGCUCAAGAAAGAAGCGGGGAGAUGUGUUAAUGAAGAUUUUUGGUGAACUAGAGAUAGAUUCCGUUCGCCUGGAAUCAAUCCUAACUGAUCUAUACGUUUCGUUAAUGGUGCAGUUAAUCGAGAUUACUCAACAGCACAACCCAGCUUUUGAACAUGCUCAAAAGUUAUCACAGUCACAGACAUCUCAAAAAGGAACACUUCCAGCGGAUGUGAUCGAUAUGAAAUUGAGAAAGGCUGGCCUCGCGCUCAUGGAAUCGGAUAAUUCUAAGCAAAAUGCCCACAUUCUCAAUUGUACACUGCACGGAAGCACUGCGAAGCUGACAAGACGCUCCUGUGGCACAAAUCCUGAGGAGCCACUAACAGCAUUGAAUAUUACGCUUGGGGCUAUUGAAGGAGAAUUACCGAUUGCUGCUCAUUCGCUCCAUGAUGUGGUUAUGAGACAUGGACCACAGCUUGAGCAGCAGUUCAAUCGUCUUAGCGCUCAACCAACUGUACCUAAUAACCCAGCGAUGAUUCCAGCCGUCUCUUUGCCCGAACUACCGGUUGUAGAAUCAGGAGCUCCAACUCCAUGGUACCAGAAAACAGGAGAUCCGAAAAAAGCGCUCCGACCACGUACACCUGUGGCAAAAGUCAAAUUCGAUUUUGAAACGUCCAGUAUUGAACUACGAGCAAGACUAUUACCUAGCUUAUUAGCACGAUAUAAGCUGAACAGAGCGUCGAGUAGCGGAGUUACUGGUGAUGCUGCUAAAUGGACAGCUGGCAUUGACAGCCAUCAUGCUGAAUUCUGUGUUUCAUCAGCCGGAAAACCCAUGGAUACGUUCACACUAGCUUUGCCAGCAAUAGCUGUGAACGGGGAAUACACAGUGGAUAAGGGAGACGCCGCACCGGCAACAAACAAAACACUGCUAUAUAGGGAAGGAGGAUAUCUGAAGAUGAGUGUCACUUUAGGUCAAGUGAACCACUCGUUCACCACAGAUCUUUUAAAUCAAAUUCUAUUUGCCGAACAAUCGUUUCGUAGUGAGCUCUCAGCAUUGGUAAGUCGCCUCAGGGCAGAGCGAUUCGGUUGGGCACCGGCUGCAACGCAGACUACUUCAACGGACAAGCAACCACCGUUACUCUUCUUCUUGACGGUGAAAGGACAAGGAGUUCCCUGGUUACAAUUGACAGCUGCCACUCCUACCGCUACUGCGGUUCGUUUCACAAUUGAGAGUUUGGAUGCAGAGCUAACAAAUCGUUGGGUGGUGAAGGAGCAAGGCUCAGCUAAGGAACGAUUAUUUGGAGCUGCUGCGAUACAGUUCAACGCAAAGCUUGGACAACUAGUCAAAGUAGCACAGUAUGAAGAACUACAAGCGGAACUACAAGAAUAUGCGACGUUUAUGACACAGGUCCGUGUAGAGAAUAAGGAAAGUUCUUCACAUCAGUCUUACUCGUACCACAUCGCUGUGAACCGCCCCAUACUGUUGAUCAAGUCGAGCGCAAUUGAUAAGGCGAUUCUUCUGUGGCUGAAUUACAAAAACACUUAUGAUUAUUGGAGAGCCGAGAGGAGUCGUGUAGUUCGAGCAGCAAGUAAAAGAAGCAACAGUUUUCAGCACGCGAUGUUCUCACCACAGCAAGCCAGUCAGGAUUUCGAUGUGAAUCUCUCGUUGGUUAUCCAUAAUGGAAUGUACGUUUGUAUGCCAUUGUACAGUCAGGACCUUACGGAUGGAAUGCCUGCAUUAGUGUUGUCACUUCAGAAAAGCGAUGUGACAGUGUGUGUAAUGAAGGAAUUGGCAUGUCAAGCAUCAUUUCAUGGAUUCAAACUCAGCUUCAUUGACAAUUUUGAUGAGCUGUCGCUGUCGGAAAGUGUUAUGGAGGCUACUGGAGAAACUCAAACAAACUAUUUCUUCUUUCCGCAAGGAACGUAUCAGCUGUGCUCACAGGCAUCAGCUGACGCAGCGGGAGCGAAAUGGGUGUUGAGUGUGAGAUCACAAAUGCGUGGAAUGGUCAUUGACCUUGAUCAAAGAAUUGGGAAGUUGGCGAAAAUGGUAGUGAACACAUUUUCUUCACUUGGAGACAACGAAGAAGAUAUUGAUGACAGAGGAUCUCACAUAUCAGAUGAUGAGGACCAUCUGGUCGAAGGAGGUAACGAGCUGAAGGGAUUAAGACCGGAAGAAAGAGUCCCCUGGAUGGAGAGAAAGAUGCACGAACAGUCAACUCUUGUCUCGGAUUUGGUCGCCUGCAAAGCUCCUGAGAAAAGAAUUGAGGCGGAGAGGAAGAAAUUGCGUCAGUACGAAUUGAUUCGUUUCAAAGAGUUCCGGAAAAGUAUGAUCGAGAAAAUCCGGCGUCGUAAGAAUACAGCUAACAAAGGAGGCAUGAGACCCAGAAAACCAUCCACUGAGGAUGCACCGAAGCCUUUGAGGACAACUCCAGAAACGCGGACUGAGUCAGACGACAGCAAAGGGCAGACUGAGAAUGUGAAAAUGCACAUAGAUGUACAGGUUAGCAUCGAAUCUGGCAGAUGCACCUUACGAACAGCACCAAAACAAGAGCCUACAGCCAUUGUACCAAUUAUGGCGAAGAAACCGUCCACAAAGGAUCUUAAAGCAAAGGCGUUUGCUUCUUCGCAACCAACGAAUUUGACCAGAUUCAGUAUUCCAAGCCUGGAUAUGAAAGGAUACUAUCUUUCCGCAGAUUCUGGGACUGUCCCAACACCAAUCGCAUCGUCAAUUACGAAAGAUUCUCUCAAACACAGUGCGUCAAUGUCAAACGCAUCUAUUCUGUCUUCUACAACUUCAACGAAUACUCUCCAACGAAAACGCGGCUGUUUCUACCUAUCAGCAGCCUUGGCAUCGAUGCCAACAGAAACUGUGGUGACACCGCAUCUAGCCGAUUACUUAGAACAGGUUCUUGAACCUCUUCCUAUGUCAUCGAGAGCAACGGUAACCUCGGUUCCAUCGGUGGCAGAACCUCAAGAAGGUGUGGCACACAUAGUAGGAAUGGACACAAGCGCCUUACCAAUUGAUGUGUUAUUCUUCCUGACAGUCCAAAGUAGCGCAAUUAGAUUUGACGGACAACAACAACGAAGUUCUGCUGCGGAUUGCCUACUUAAACUGCCAUGCUUAUCCCUCAUGGCAUCAACUCGUCGUACAGUCGGAGAAACCUACGUUGGUGGCAUAGACGUUUCGGCAACUCUUAGUGCAUUUUCACUAAGCAUUUACAGCCCGCAUCAGCAAUCAACUGCACAUGAUGCUCUCUCGUUGACACUUGAUCAUCUGUCAUUUGUGAUCUCACGUAGUAAAAAUUCGUCUGUAGAAGCCGACAACAGAGUCAAGUUCGUUCUCACGUCUAAUAUUGGAGCGGCAAACUUCAACUACGACAUGCGUCGACUCAGUGAAUUGAUGGCUUUUCCAAAGCCUUGGUACCGUGCAGCAAUUGCCCGCAGGGUGUUCUUCGGCGACCAGGCAAUGUCCCGAGAACCAGCCAGCCAGCCGAGCACCAUUGCUAGUCAUAAUUUGGUUGCUGCCAGACCGACUGUGAUACGACCUGAUAAAGCAUGGUCAGCUACAGUAUUAUUGGCAGUACAGUGGAAAGAGUUGAACGUGAACGCUCAAAUGUCGAACACAAUGGGGAACACAUCAUGGAAAGCUCGCCGUGGGCUCCUCAGAGCCAUAGCUAAGCUGAAUUCACGAUCGGAGCGCAACGUAACGCUGACGUUCAAGCUCGAUUCGAGUGAAUUAACAGCACACGGUGGGGCUAUCAGUGGAGAGAUUGCGCUCAGUCGACUUUUGCUUUCUGUCUCUCAUGUCCGUUUGGUCAAUCAACCGCCACGUAACGGAGCUAAAGUCCAAUUACGCUGGUUGGCAGCUAGAGUGGAAUGGAUGAGCCGAGCGGUCUUGAUCGGACGAUGUGAAAAACCUGCUAUUUCCCUCGGAGACGAGUUUUCUCGUGAGAAAAAUGAGGCUGGAGAAUACAUUCGAGCAUGUGUACGUUUGAACGUGAAAGGAUCGUGGGAAGACCUACAAGUGGUGAUAACGAGAGCGACCGUGGACGAUAUUCAGAAGAUCAUCAAUAAGCUGAAGACGUUCUUUGAGGAGCAAUUGAAAAGCUCAAAAAUGGUCUGGGGUAUACAACAAGAAAAAUCUUCAUCGGGUAAUAAAUCCAAGCAAGAUGACUCAGCACCGCAAUUUGUGUAUGCAACACAUUUCUGGCAGAAGGUGCUGGAUUCAGUCACAGAGAUACAAUUUAAACAGAAAAUCUUACCUAUUCCACAAAAUGGAGAAACGGUUGUGGGCGGAUUUGUUGGACUCGAGGCUGGUCGGGUAUCUCUGGCAUGCAUGCAUGGUGAGAUGAGUGCACAUAGUUGGGCUCUGUUCCACAUGCGUCAUCCGGGGAUCAUUUUUACACCUGAAGCAAAGUUCUCCUACAUUGACAGGGACGAAGACGUGAUCGGAGUAGCAGUGCGACAGAAGCUCAUCAUACGUCUUGGUCCACAAGAUGCAAAAAGAACCGCGGCUAACAAUCCGAUUGACGUACCGAAUCUUAGUGCGGAGAAUAUGGCAACUGUUUGCCGCGUACAGCAAAACCGUAACAGCAUCAUGCGACAAAAUGCAUCCAUUUCAACGAGUCUGGACUAUCUUAUUGGUGACGCUUUGAAACAGAUUGGACUUGCCGUCAAAACUGAUACUCCUGCUCCAAGUACGAGAGGACAACAUAGCGUGUUGGAACUGUUCCAGUUUCCAGCUUUGGAAGCAGUUUUGAUCUCAGAGCAGAUGAAUGAAUGCGAUGUAGAGGAGUUGGACGAGGAUGAACGACCAGAGGUGCACUCUACCUUCGUUUGUGACUUCCUGGAUGCUGUAUGCGUUCAGACGGAUUUCAAUGCUCAAGUCAGCUUCUUGCCUGAAUUACUGAAGAGUUAUAUACAAGUUUCGGAUUCACCUCUGCCUGUGGAGAAGCCACCGCAGAAAACCGAUAAACGACGUUACAUGUGUGAGAAAUGGGCAGUCGACCCGAAGAUCAGAUUUAUCGAUCGUUUCCGUUGGAAUCCUCCCGUAAUUGAUGAGAUAUUGAGAAAAUUGCAGAUUUUCGACCAUCGUACUACGAUUCCAAAAGCGUUGCAGAGAGCUUUACUUGAUCCUCUUGAUCAAGGACUAGCCUUAGCCCUGUACGAGUUACUACGUCUUGUUGAUCGAACGAAACCACAAGAACGCGGAAACAAGUAA